AUGGCAGGAGGUACUAGCAUCUGGGCGAGCAAGGAGGCAAGAACUGACCCGAAGGAGAUUUUCAACCUCAGGCUUCUUUAUCUCCUUAUAUCGGUUGCCUGGGGUGGGUGGUUCUAUGGUUUCGACACGGGUAACAUUGGAGGCAUUCUCACUUUGCCUUCAUUCGAGAAUGCCUUCGGUCUGAACAACCUACCGGCUGCAGAGAUUGAUAAUCGAAAGACGUUGAUGAGAUUACAGGGAACGAUUGCCGCAAUGCUGGCGGCUGGUGGCUCAGCCGGGGCUCUUUGCGCUGCCCCAACCUCAGACUUUCUUGGACGGAAAUGGUCGGUCUUUCUGUGGGGAUUUAUAUUUGUGGUUGGUGCUGCGAUGCAGAUGGUGGCCGAUUAUGAUGUGCUUCUUGCUGGUCGCUUCAUCGGCGGUAUGGGGGUGGGCGCCAGUUCCAUGCUCACUCCUCAGUUUUUAGCCGAGAAUUCCCCCAAGUCCGUUCGAGGAUCAAUGACUGCAACGUAUAACUUGAUGAUCCUAGCCGGUAUAAUGUUGGCAUUUUGGAUCAACUAUGGAGUAUCCCUGUGGUCAUUCCCCGGCGUUGAACAUGAUAACACGCAGUGGAGAACGUCAAUGGGAAUUCAACUCAUCCCUGGGGCUCUGAUGUGCCUGAUGAUACCCUUUGAGGGAAUCAAGAACCUAUGCCGGCUACGGAAGCUUCCUAUCGAGCAUCCCUAUGUCCAAACGGAAUACCAGGAGAUCGAGGCGCAGGUACGGUACGAGCAGGAGUGUCAUCAGGGUCACAGCUAUUGGGUGGUGUUGCAGGACAUCCUCCUAAUCAAAAGUAACUUUCAACGGUUUUUCCUCGCCAUUAUGUUAUUUCUGUUUCACAAGUUCACGGGCACAGAUUCCUUGAAUUACUACGCGCCUGAGAUAUUCGAGUUAAUCGGUGUGAAAGGGAGUUCCAAUUCUCUUCUAACAACCGGUGUGUAUGGCGUGGUGAAGUUUGUGGUGACCAUCUUCUAUGUCACCUACCUAGUGGAUCGUGUUGGUCGCCGCCUUCCUCUACUCGUUGGUGCAUCUCUACAAGCAACCGCAAUGUUAUACCUUGCACUGUAUCUCCGGUUCGCGGGAACCAACACCGAUACUGUUGGAGGGACUCCCGCGGGUGGUAUAGUCGGUAUUGUCUGGAUUUACAUCUACGCCUUCGGUUGGUCAUUUGGACACAGCGUGGCAUGCUAUGUCGUGGCGGCAGAAAUUUUCCCAACCAGAAUUAGGUCGGUCUGCAUGUCAAUUUGCUUCUUCGUCAACUGGAUUGUCGACUACGGCAUCACGCGGGCUACGCCGAAUAUGAUUACCGAGAUGGGAUGGGGCGUCUUUCUGCUUUAUGCGUUAUUGACCUAUGCCGGGGUUGUGUUUAUCUUCUUCUGCCUGCCCGAACUCAAAGGACGAUCGAUUGAGAGUAUCGAUGAUCUGUUCCAGAGACCACUGUGGAGCAUGUGGCGACAUGCAUACCCCACAGAGGAAGAGAAGACACGACAAGGCAUUCCGCAGCUGAUGAAAGGUGGAAAUGAGGAUAACGCAGACGGGGACAAGGAUCGUCCGGUUCAUAUUGAGUCAGUCUAG